GUGUUGGGAUCUUGGCGGAGCCUUUCGUCUCCUCCUCCCCGAGGAAGGCGAAAUUUCUUUGAUGAUUCAUCCAUCAAUCGGAUCUCUUUAUCUCUGUCAACUCGAUCUCAAAGUUCGAUCUUUUUCAUGCUACUUGGAUCGGUUCUGUUCUCCUGAAUGCUCUCGGCUUCCGCUGCUCCUUUGAGGGGCUCAAGGAGACGAGACGAAGUCUUUUCGUCGUGAGCCAUUAAUUGUUUCCCUCGAUCUGGAGUAACCUGUGGCAAGAGCUUGUGGUUUCCGAGUUGAAUUGUUGACGAUAACUCGGAAAAGGGAGCAUCUUGGAGUCGGGGAAGAAGAAGAUGUAUGUCUGGUGAGUGCAAUGGAGCUCCAAGGGAAGAAAGUAACACAUGAUUUCCUGUCGCUCUACUCCUCGGAUUCAUCUUACCAGGUCCAAGAUCCGAGGUCUUCAUCUCAAGGUUUCUUCUUGAAGACGCGGGACUUCUUGCAGCCGCUGGAGCGGGGGGAGCGCGGCGGCGAGGCGGCGGAGGGAGGAGGCGUGGCCACCGAGAGGCCAGCGGAGCGGGUGCUCCCGGGCGGGGUAGGCGCGUGCGGCGUCGGUCACGUGGCCGGCGAGGUGAAGCCGGAGAGGAGUGGGUGGGGACCGGGGCGGGGGUUCUCUAUCGGGUUGGAGACCAAACCCGAACCCGAUUACGGCAGCCGAAGCACCACCACCAGCUUCGGCUCUUACGCUGGCGCUGCUUGUUACACGCAGUGGGACGAAAAAGACACCGCUUCCAGAGGGCAGCGGCCUUCCACGUUGGCUGCCGCCCGCGGCAGCGGCAGUUACGGAGUCAUCUGCACCACUCCAGCUGCCACCUCCUCUGGGAGGCACAGCUCGGGGCCGGAGAAGAAGCGAUUCAUGGAGGCGGCCGCGUCGAGAUCCACACGAGGAUACGACGGAGUGGAUGAUGAUGAUGAGGCGGAGGUGUUUGGAAUGAAAGAGGAGGGCUCCUCCUCCCGUCAAGAUUUGACUGUGAAUGUAGAUGGGAGGGUGAGCACUGCGGAUCAGAGGCCAAACACACCACGGUCUAAGCAUUCUGCCACUGAACAGAGGAGAAGAAGCAAAAUUAAUGACAGAUUUCAGAUACUCCGGCAGCUCAUACCUCAUGGUGAUCAGAAGAGAGAUAAAGCAUCAUUUCUUCUGGAGGUCAUUGAAUACAUCCGCUUCUUACAAGAGAAGGUACAGAAGUAUGAAUUGCCAUACUCGGGAUGGAAUCAGGAUGGUGUCAAGUUAAUGCCUUGGAAGAACAACCAAGCGCCUGGAAUUGGUUUAGCCAUAGAAAAUAAUUCUGCUUCUCCUGCACAUAUAUUCUUGAAGAAAUCGAGUGAAGGUAGCACUCCAGUUGCACCUCCUAUGCUGUCAAGUGUGCAUGUUUCCCCAGCAACAGGUGUGGCUGCUGGUAACUCUUACAAGAUUGCCACCAGUUUAGCAAGUAACCUGGGUACCGCAAACAAUUCGUCACAUCAAAGGUUGUUGGCUGUUGGAAGGGAAGCAGGUGUUGCACAGUCACAGCAGGGGUUGAUUUCAAAUCCAGACACCAUGGUGUUCCAGGAUCGACCACCGUGGUUGAGAUCAUGCAGCCUCACUGGUGGUGCCAUUGGCAGGGAUGUGAUGAAUGAACAAGAGGAGCUAACCGUCGAUGAAGGCAUGAUUAGCAUGUCUACUGCCUACUCCCAUGGGCUGUUGAAUACUCUGAGUCAGGCAUUGCAAAGCUCUGGUGUGGAUCUGUCUCAAGCCAGUGUAUCUGUUCAGAUUAAUCUUGGCAAGAGAGCAAUUAAUAGUAGGCCUACUGGCACAGCCACAACUUCCAUUCUUAAGGAUCAGAAAGAUUCAACACCUUUUUAUCAAGCAAUCGGGUACAGCAGGUUAGGGGAAUCACAAGCACUUAAAAGACACAAAGCAGAGAACAGCUGAUGUUAUAUUACUUCCCCAUGAUAUUUCACUUGGAUUGUUGUAUUCGGGAUUCAAGGGUCAUUGAGGUUGAUGAAAACUAUUGUGCAGUCUUUCAUUUGUGUCUUGUCCUUGGUUUUCCAUGGAGGCUUCCAUCACAUCUUGUGAAGCUGCUUUAUUUUACAGGCUUCCAUUCACGUGCCAAGUCUCUCUUUCCUUUUUUUCACUAUCAAAUGAUUCUUGUUGUAAGUUCAACACCACAGAUUCUAACUCGUGGCACUGUAUCGCUGCGGAUAAGGAAAUCUCUUUCUUUUACAA